UUUUUGACCCAUGUUGCGCAUCAAAGGGUUAAGAAAGCUUGGAAUGCAAUCCCUUGAACAUACCUUAAAAACCUUGUGGAACGAAUGCCUGGUAUAUGCCAAGCUGAGGAGGUAGCCAGAGGAGGUUACUUUAUAGAAAGCAAAGUCUAAGCAACAAUAACUCAAAUAAUUAUAGUCAAAAUGUCUUCUGAUAAGUUACUCUUUUCACAAUAGUCAUGUUUAUUGUGUUGCAAAUUAUAUAUAUGAAACUAUGAUCUUUUUUUGUACAAAUCUGAUCUUGCCUCCAAACUUUUGGCCCAUAGUGUACAAUGAUAUCACAACACUGUUGGGAAACUGGACUAUAAUAUACUAUAUUGCAGGAGGUGACAGUGACAGGCAGUAGAGUUUUGCACGAGUUGGUGCUCAGGUGAACUCUCAUGGGUUUUCAUUCUACUGUGAAAACUGUCUUCCAUUUCCUGGGAGAUUGUUCUGCUUACAAAUAAAUAUAUAAAAGGUGAAUUCUCUCUAGAAUAUUAUAUUCAUCUGAAAAUAAUAAAAGUUCAAAUAAAAGAGGCUAAUUUCAAGAAGAGGAACGUGCAUUUAAAAACAAAGGUGUAUCUGUUCUUGAAAACCAGAGAUGCUGCUGGCACUACGUUCAGAAUCAGCUGCACACACUCCUCACACUGUGUUCCUUUAUUUCCCCCGCCUCGUGCGCACCAUCGCCUGCCUAUGGGCGCGCGCAUUAUGGGGGUUGGGGUUAGUGAAGAGGAGGGGGGACAUUGUAGCCGGGAGCGCGCCUCAAAAUCUGUGCACGUGCCCGCGAGAAUCGGUUAAGAUACCUACCAACCAACCAAACUCGUGAAAUGGGUGGGGGGAACUGCCACUUUAAUGCUCCUUAAUGCUGCGUUUGAGGAUCGCUCGUAAAUUCUCAUAAGCGACUGGAAACUUUCACUCUCAGUUUUUGUGAGCUUCUGUGGCUUGUGAAGGACAGUUACAGACAAACAAGACGUGUCAAUGUUUAAAUUUUUAUCUUUGAAGAUUUAUUUCUGAAAAUGUAAUGAUGAAUUUCCUUUUUUUUUCUUUCUUUCUUUUUUUUUUAAAAAGAAUUUGGCAUAUAUUUUCGCUUUUGAACAGCUGCCUGAACAACUUGGCACCUCCUUGUUUUGAUAUCUGGUGUUCAACGAUAGCAGUGAGAAAAUUAGAAAAAAUACUUUGCAAUUUUUGGAGAAAGAAUCAUCACUAUUUUGCCAAUGUAUGCAUAGAUAUAUGUAAGUGGCGCAGUUUUCCUCAGUUUGCAUCUCAUCCAGUUUGACUCUCGUGCAUCGACGCACUUCAUGAAAUCCGAGCUUCUCGGAGGUACAUGAAGGCAUCAGCCACACUGCUCUCCUGUUGCUCUAAGGGGAGGCAGGCCGGUGAUUUUCCACUGCCGCUGAUGUCUGUGGUCUCCCCGUUUUAAGAGACAAAGGUCAGAAAGAGAAGCUUAUAAGCAGGCUGAAAUAUAGGCUACCGACGCGUCCACCCCUCAGUCGCUCUCACGGACACAAGAGGACACGGACAAGACGGAACGGACAAGGGACAGCGCGUAAAGGACAUUAAAAGGACAAAAUAAGAUCUAAGAUCACAUCCAACAGGGCAGGUAACGGAAACACACCGACAUCUUCGUGCACACCUUGACAGCAUGGCAGAGAAAGAGGAUUUUGCCUCCUUUUAACAUUUUCUCCUGAUUUCUUAAGAAUUUAAUUUUAAUGUAUAGUAUUAAUUUUUAUCUCCAUUGUUUCUGACUCUAGAGAGUUUGCUUUAAUCAUUUUUAAAGCGCACACAGAGUAGAAAUUAAGAGAACUUUUUAGUCCUAUAUCCAUAGAAACACAUCAUCUUUCAGGGUUUGGAUGAAUGUCUCCCUGUGUUCUCGGCUGCUGUUGGAGGUGUGGAUGCUGGGAUGUGUUUUCUGGUCAACACGGUGUAAAGCUGCGAUGUUCUGAAUGAGAGAGGCUGUUCUUUCCGUGCGCUCAAAGAGGAACACUGAUGGAUUUAUAAAAUCCGAAAAGGGUUAAACGCGGCACGGUCAGGGUUGGUGGGUAAAGUUGUUUUUAUUUUGGGGUGUCAAAGGCUUUUUCACGCGUCAGGUGCAAACGAGUUUUAACGCGUGCGUAUUUUUUCACGCAGAUAUUUUGUUUCCUGUGAAUCUCAAAUUUUCUCCUGGAUCCUCUGUCUCUUUAUGUGUCGUGCAGUUCAUUUGAAGAUUUUCGUAUCUUUCGAUGUUUCUGUUUUCGAGCAUUUCCUUUUUAAUUUAUAGAUACAGUUUACAAAUGCGAAAGCUUUCAUUGGAGCGACAGUCAUUUAAGGUUUUAUUUCGCUUGAGCUGCGCCUUUCUCUUUUUUUAUUCCGUUAUUUGACUAGAGCAGAAAGGGGAAGUGAAGCGCUCGGAGCGCUGAGGAGGCGGAGAUACUCGUCAGCCGCACGCUGCACAUCGUGCGCUGCACUCUCUCUCUCUCUCUCUCUCUCUAUCUAUCUAUUUGUCGCUUGCUUCCUUUUCUUUCCCUCACGUUCGGGUUGUCUCUGGAGAACAGUGUUUGUGAUUUCUCUUUAUGUGUUUUGUUUCAAUUUGCAGGAAAAUUUCAAUCACGUAUGCAGCCGUUUUGCCAAUAAAUUGCGGGAGCUGCAUGUAGAAUGUAAUACUUAAGGCACAUAAAAAUACAUUAUGUGUUGAGACGCAUUUCUGCAUACAUUUGCCUGGCUGUGUGUCUUUUAUUGUUGUAGCUUUGAGCGUCUACAGGAGGGUUGGGUUUUGAUGUCUCUCAGCUGGUCCGUUUUGGAUCACUUUCAACCCUGGAAAAUUACCCAGACGUGUUAUCGUCCAACGCCAAAACUCUUGUAAAUUUGUAAUCUGCGUGGAAAUACUUGAGUCCCGCUUUUUCACUAUCAGUUUUCAAAAUUUAAACAGUCGGUAAACCAUUUGGAUUGAAAGUUGAUGCAGCCUGAAUCGAUGAAAUAAGCAAUGUGCGAGUGUUUUGAAGCAUCAGUUGUGUAGUUUUGAGGUUGACCAUAUUUGGCCUUGCAGUUCACUGCCAUCAGACUGAUCUGUGUUUAACAGGAUGAAGGCUGGCGGUUAGAGACAUUUGGUGACCAGCCACACUUACUCAGCAUGUGAGGGGCAGACAGUUUUCACACUAAGUCGUGAAAUUCAGCAGCUUGUUUUGUAACUCUGUGUUUUCACAUAUACUAGUGCUGCAGGUUCCCCUGCAGUGUGAUUUCCUGGCUAUGUUGUUUUGAAUUGGCGAUCAAGUCAGCUGAUGAAGUGUAAAGUCCCAAUGAGUUGGAGUGGAAGGGCCACAUAGGAACAAAGGAUUUUGAUUGAGGGGAUCAGAGUUAAUUCCUGCUGGGAAAAUCAAAUUUCUCUUUGAGAUGUGUUGUACGUCAGUCACGUCAUCUCCAGUUUUUUUGUUACAUAAUGUGCUGAAGGUUCAUGCUGGAGCUCUAAACCCAAACCGUGACCUCUUUCCAAAGCAAACUGCAAAGAUUUCCUCUCUCUAAGCAUGUUUUUUUUUUAUUGUUGCAUGUCUGAAUUUUGUUUUUAAAAUUUUGUUGGCCAAUUUGACUGCAUGUGCAGAGCUUGGAUUGUUUUAUUUGCAUAUUUUCAUAACAGGAAAAGCUGCAACAUUUGAUGAGUUUCCAACAAGAUGAAAAAGAGAAGGUGUGAAAAGUCUUAUGUUUCAUUUUCAGGACCUUUUCCUCUGAUUCCUCUGAUUACCAGAAAUAAUAAAGACAAUCCAGGAACCACCGUGCAGGUCCUAACAUGAUAGAAACUGUUUUUAUGUCUGGUUGUCUUCAGCUGAAUCUUAUCUGAGCUGCUGUAGAGCCUGAUGUGUUUUCAUUCUUUUGAGCUAACAGCGAUUACAUCUUGAUAUGCUCCUCAAAGACACACCUCGAUGAUUCCACUACAUGUGUGUCAGCGUGCAACCUGGUAAAGUUCCUCCCUCUCUAUUUAAACUACAGUUUCUGUGAAAUUCUAGUGAAUAUCAAAUAGUAUUGAUGCCUGUUUUGUUACCAUGGCAACAUAACCAAAACCCCAGAGCCCCAGUAGUUGGUUCAUAUUUCUGUGCUGGUCUACAGGAGGUGUGUGGAUAGAGCCCAGUAUUUGACUUCCUUCCUUUUCAUUGGUGGUACUCGCUCUUAUCAUGUCAUCGCAAUGUAACUCCACCACAGAUGUGAAAAUACCACGGACAUCAUCUAUUCAAUUGUGACGACCCAAGUGUACUCACUUGUGCAGCCUGAUUGGGACUGAUCAGAAUACAGUGAGUCCUGUUGGUCUUGGUUUGGUGUUUCUGGGACUUUUUAAAACUCAAACUCACCAAUAAGAGAAAAAGAUCCUCUAUCUCUCAAAUCUAUGGCGAUAUACUCUGCCUUCUCAAAUGUUUGCUAAAAUCCGAUACCAGUUUACCAAUUGAGAAACCCAAAUUGACCACCUGAUCUAUUGGCCAUGUCUCAUUAGGAGCAUCUUUUGUCAUAUCUUAUUGGGGAAGAAGCAAAGAAAGAGUCUCUGAGCUCACUGUUGAUAAAUUACAACAUCCAUCCAAAAAAAAAAAAGCAAAUUCUACAACACUCUGGGUCUAUUUCACUGCCAGUUCAGUGAUCUGUCUGAUUUGCAGCCCUAAAUCCAGGAUAUGUAGGGUUUUAUGGACCAUCAAAACAAACCUUAAGAGAAGAUCUUACAAGUUCCUUCUCCAAACGACUGAAAAGCUAACUGUUUGGAGAAUGCACUGAAAAUGAAACAGGCAUAUUUAUUGUAGUUUUAGUAUGUCACCUUGCGCUAGCAUGGUCAAACAUCUUCGAUGCUCAGUACAAAGUGCAGAUUAUGAAAACACACACAACUUAAACACAUUAAAUAACUCGUUUUUAAGUCGCUGCAUAGUCUUUGAUUGGAAAAUGUUCCACAUCCUUGUUAACGGUAGCAGGUUAUAGAAUAGCUUCCACGCUGUGGAUAGAUCGGACGGAUGGUGUUUUACGUAAAGUUGGGUAAAUUUACUAGUACGUGAGUUAUGGUUGUUGGUCUUCCUGUCAGUGUGUCAGGGCAGCUCUGCAGGCCACUGUAUCAACUGGAGGCUUGUUUGCUGGUAAAUCAUUUAGUGAGUAACCUGAGGUUGUUGGAAUUUGUGUGUGUGUGUGUGUGUGUGUGUGUGUGUGUGUGUGUGUGUGUGUGUGUGUGUGUGUGUGUGUGUGUGUGUGUGUGUGUGUGUGUUGGUGAAAUCUCAGUACUCUGGGAAGGCUGCCGUGCCUGUGGCUGUCUACAGAUGAAAUUUGAUAGAGCCUUCAGCGGCACGGUGAAUAGAAACAUCACCCGGUUACAGUGCCGGAGCUGCUGUUGGACUUUUAUGACGGUGUCCUUGACUUCAGCUCGGACUGAACCUUCACUACUACUUUACAUAUUAACCAGCCUGAGCCACUGACCCAUAUACACUCAGGUUUGUCAACAUCUUGAACAGCUGGUCAUUGAGCUCAGCGGCUUCGAAAGCUGUCUUCAGCCUCAUCUGCUAAAAUUUGGAUUUCAGCACGACUCUUAUUUCAGGGUCAGACAUCAUGGUAUUAAAUGGGAUAUAAUUCAUUUCAGUAGCUGGAUGUCAAGUGCACACUUUCUGGAUGAUGGAAGUCAAUCGCUCUGUUGUAAGGUGAAUGAUGGACUGUGAAAGAGCAGCAUCCUCUUGUGGCCACCGGACCCAUUUAUCAAGGAGGAUUGAUGUGAUUGAUGCCAAAGCAAACAACACACACAGCCAUUGAAACUGGCAUUGCACCGAGUUAGGCCUAAUCAUGCACAGCCCUUAAACCUGAAAACAGUGAAAUUAAUAAGUCGUACACACUCUUGAUUUCAUUAAUGAAAAUGACAAUGAUAAAUGUUCCUCAGUUACUGUGGAGACAAGAUGACAACAAGCCCAAAAUUAAUCACUUCUACUCAAAGCAUUAAGAGAGUGAAACUGAUAAACUCCAAAACACCUCAUCACAAAUGUCACAUAAAAAAAACAAAUGUCGAAACACAAAAGACAAACAGUAAGUGCCAAAGAACAAAACGCAAAUGCCAAACUCCAAAUUCAGAAAACAAUCGCCAAAUAACAGUUGGCAAAUGCCACAAGAAAAUGUGGCCACUAAAUGCCAGAUGUCAAACACUGAACCUCAAAGGCCAAACACCAAACAGCCUAAAAACAGACGCCGAAUUUCUCCAGAAUUUGAAGUCGGGUGUCAUUACCUUGUCGUCUUAGCUUGCUUAUUGGCUGUCAGUGAUGUUUUAGUAUUUACUAGCUUUCUCAAAGUGACUACAAUCCGUAACUGCAGGUUCAAUAAUAGGACAGGUUACUGCCUGUGUAUGAAGGUGGUUUACAGAACAUCAUAAACCAUCAUGAACCUGCACAGUACUGAUAACAGUCUGCCUUUCUGUGGAAAACUUAAUCUAGAACCAGCUUGUAGAAGCAGAAAGAUAAAGUACAGAUCUGAAACAGUGCCAGUCAAAUUGAUGGUGGCAUGACCCGACAUCACAACUCUGGUUGUUUACUGCUCUUGUUAUCACUGACCCACUUUUUUGUUUUGGUCAGGAUGUAAUGAGUCAGAUUUACAGGAAGCCAAGGUGUCUGACUCCACAGCAUUCAUGCACCGUCUCACAUAGCUGAUAGGACACGAAUGUAAAGUUUAGAUGAUAGCAAAGCUGUGACGUUCUUACAUGGCGCACGUAAUUCAUGAUAAGCCUGAGCUCAGUGCUAAAGUGACUCACUCAGCGUAAGAGCAGGGGCCACUGUCAGAGGAACUUUUAAAACUGUCGAUUUCUGUUUAAAAACACAGAGCAGAGUGGGAUUCAUGAUAACUUCAUGAAAACGGGCUGAGUCUAGUUCGAACACUGAUGUCGAUAAAAUGUGUAUUUAACAGGAAGAUGGGGAGCAACACUGAAACCCGCUGACCUGGUUUGACCUGAUGUACCUGAAUGAAAUGAACAGCAGCUGUUGACUUUGGUCAGAUAAGACGGAAACGUUUGCACAUCGUAUUAUAUUUUUUCUGAUACAUCCUGGAGUCUUUGUUUGCAUCUCUGUCACACUCACAGCAUUUGUAGUCGCGAUACUCUUGACAUUUAUUUCCAUCACUCGCUGCUGUUUCUCGUCUCUCUCAGUUUCUCUUGCAUCUAUUUUUGUCUUGAUCUGCAUGUGACUCACUUUUCUUUGCCACACAGACUCUCUGCUCUUUGUUUUAUUUCAGGUAAUGACAUUUAUCUACCCUCUCUCACUUUUACCUUUCCUUCUGUUUCCACUUACUGUUUUCUCCUUCUCUCUGAGCUGCCUUGUCAUCCUCCUUCUCACACAAUUAUACGCUCCAUAAGUUCUGUCUCUUUCUGUUUGGCAAAAAUGAAAGUGAGAGGCACAGGACAUUAUGUCGAGAUGCAGAGUGCAUUGAGGGCGAAGAGGGAAAGGACACAAAGGGAGGCAGAGGAAAUGCAAAUUUAAGUAAAAGAGGGAGGUCAGAAAGGGUGCAGAGAAAAGGGGGUAUAGAUCAUUAUAACUCAGAAGUUGUUGAUGAGGAUAUGAUCUGAUUAAAAAUUCCCCUAAAUAGAAACAGUGUUUUGGUUGGCUGAAAACAAGAAACCAUGUUUAACAGCAGAUAUAUCCUAAGAGCGCCAAACCUCCUGUUACCGUGUUAACUGACGACACAAGGAUCCCUCUGAAGAUGGUGACGCCACACCCCCAUUUGCUUGAGAAUCACAUUUCAAUCGAUACGAACUUGAAAAAAUCAGCAACAGCUUAGCAUGCAAAUCUACAAAGUUUUAAAGAUCCGUGUGCUCAGGUGUCAUAGUCAGAGCGUUGAUAUACAGUUUACAGAACCUGGUUUUGACUUUGCUCAGGUUCAAGUUUUCUUGCAGCGUAUGCCAUCAGGGGAGGAAAGUAAAGGAGAGGGAGAGAUCGAGUUAGAGUGAAGUCAAAUAGACGGCGAAUCCAGGAGGAGCUUAUUCGAUAAAAAAAGACAAAGUGAAGAAGCAAAGAAAGAGGAGUAAGAACGCAAAAAAGGGAGGAGGCAGAGAACGAAGAAAAAUGAGAUAAUGUUGGGAAGAUGAGAGUAAAAAGAAACAAGAGGGCAGUGUAAGGACGAAGAGAAAGGUAGGAGAGGAGGACGAAAAAAGAAAAAGAGGAGAGGGAGUGAAAGAAAUAUGUAGCAGAGGAGGAGAAGGAGGAGGAGGAGGAGGAGUGGAUUUAAUAGGUGGUCAGCCCAGUGGAAAUGUACAUGGUCUUAAAAUAGGAGAGUGUGUUAUGUAAGUGGCUAGUGAGUGUGUGUGUUUGUGUGCGUGCGUGUGUGUGUGAGAAUGUCGGUGGGGUUCUGAAGUCAUUACAUGAAUCUUGUCCCCACAAUCACACGCACACACAAGGCGAGACAAUAAGUCUCUAUGUCUUACGCCAACCGCGCUCUUGGCCUGAGUCUGUAUCAUUCCUCAGCCCGUCGAGGUUCCCACGGCCCAUCUCACUCUCUGGAGGUCGCUCUGUGGCCAACAAAAACCGACAUCUUUAAUAUUUCCACUGUCAGCACAGAAAUAAAAACAAUAACUCAGUCAGUGUCUUUAUUUCUUCUUGGAAGUCUUUGGAUCAGGAAUCGCCAAAAUCCUCACCCGAUGAUGAGUAUCUGUUCUGUUUAUCGAUCCAGUUCUUGAUUGAUUCCCUUUACUGUGUGGACAGAUGAAGAGGAGGAUCUCUGCACACCUGAUGAUGGCAAACUAAAAUCAACAUGUUUACCUGUUUAAAUCCUAAAGUAGCUGGAAGUGUGCACCAUCAAUCUGCCCAAAUCCAAUGCUAAAUCUCCCCCCCCCCAGAUGUUAAUCUUAAAGUCAGGACAGGGCAUGGUGACCUGAGGUGGAUUAAAUCCUCAGAGAUGAGAUUGAUGGUGAUCUGCAGAGUUGGAUACAGGUAUCACAUUUGGUAAAAAUAAUAAACUCACACUGCUUUGUUUAGAGGAAAGAUUUUAAUGCCUCACCACAGAACAAACGUUAAGAGCUCUGACAGAUAGAUGCACAAGGAAAAAAACACAUAUGUCUUUUCACACUCCAUCUAUCUCCCUCAAUAAUUGAUCUUAAUGACCACCUGCAGCCAAUUGAUCAUCUCUCCUCCCAUCUCCACUGUAUCUCCUCUUUCUUACUCCAGUUCUUCAGCUGCUUGUACAUUUUCUGUUGCUAAUGGCUAAAAUAUUGCAUCGGUCUUGCUUUAUUUGGUGUUUUGCUGGAGUAUCUGAAGGGUCAGUGUCUCUUACAUGUUUUUAGAGUCAUGCCAUGCAUUGAUGGAAACUUUGCAUGCACAUUGGUCAGUUCACAUCCCUUAUCGAAGAUUACGCCCAGGCAGUCGUGACAGCAUGAAGUAUUCAAGGUCAUGUGAUGAAAAUUCCAUCCUCAAAUACAUAUCAAUCAGCCCUUGUAUUGAACUGUUCAUAGACCCUCAAUAGUUUGCUGAUGACGCUCUGCUCUACCUUGUCUCCAGUGGAGGUUGUUGGAAGUAGAGAUGUAAAGCAAAAGCGUUAUUUGAUAUUUACUGGUAGCUAUUCAAAAAUAAUUCCAUUAUUGUUAUUUGCUCUGCAUGUCGAUCAUCAAACUUUGGUAGAAAAAGAUCUGCGGACAGCGCCUCACUUUCUGCUGCUGGCCUCGCUCCCAAAUGGCUGCGCAUACUUCUUGUGAAUUUGUGAUAUGCUAGUUUAACUUUGUAGAGUUUGCACUGCACUUUUUUCGACGGAGCUCCAUGCAGAACAUUUUGAUGACAUUUUGAAGUCCCUGCAUGUUUCUGCUGUUUGUAUGCUUUGUAGAAUUAACUUGCGCAACAUUUAGUGUUAUUAUGUUAUUUCGAGGUGCCGGUAAAACGCUUUUUUUGUUGUUGUUGUUGCUGUUGUUGUUAAAAACAGAACCAUCGGCACGUGAACUGUUUGGUUUUUAAAUGUUAAUGACUAUUUGAAUAUUUAAAAAUCAUUGCCAAUCCCUAGCUGGAAAAUGACCUGGAUUUGAAUAUAAUUCGAUCUAUUCAAAAACUUAAGUCGGUAUGAGGUCAGCCCAACAUGAAAAAGGAAUGUGCAAAGUAGUGCUGGGCGAUAGGACGAUAGAUAUCGUGGGCACGAUAGAAAAUGUCUAUCGUGCCAUUUUUAUCGUUUCGGGCGAUAGGCUGUAUUUUAUCCAUAGGGCUUGUGCCAUCAGAUGAUUCAUAGUAACAACAACAAUAAUUGCACAUUCAGUAAGUGUAUUUGGUGUCGAACGGGAAAGAAAACAAUAUUUUCUUACAAAGAAAAGGAUGCGUUGACAUGUAGGCUCGCAUUUCUCUUUCGAUUUUGCGACAUGACGCCGCUUUACGUGCCCUCUUCGUGUCCAGCGUCUCCCGCCGUUGCGGGUUACCUGGGUUACACACGUGAGGGAAUCAUUGUAAGCAGUGCAUAAUUUGUGCCGGAGCAAGUCGGAGCGCGAUCCGGGACCUCUUUUGAUCGAAUCCGGGACUUAUUUCAGCCGCUCCGGCACCUGUUUCAUCUGCUCCGGGACCUUCCCUGUAGAGGAUGACAUUUUUCGGGAAUUCCCGUGGGUCACGUGAUUCCCGCGGGAAUCCCACGGGAUGGGAGUCGUUUUUUAAUUAAUCCCUUGAUCGGGACGGGACGGGAAAAAAAGCAACGGUAGUGGGCAGGAGCGGGAACAACAUGAAUAGAUGAUCAUUUUCAGCCGUGUUUAACAACCAGAUGAACAGGUGCGUCCAUUUUUGUAGUCAUCUCUCAGUGAGAGCCAACACUCUUGACCGCGCUAGCAACACAAAAGAACUACAACAGUGGUUUGACUUCCUGUCAGCUGGGAGCGCGGCUGCGCAUUUCUACCCUUCAAGCCAGCAGCGAGGAAACGUAAUUUUGUGACAUUCUGUAGUUUUUCAAUCAUUUCUGGAGUCGUGGCGAAUCAAAUCACCUUACCUGUCUGCCCCUGAUAGGCGAAUAAAGCGCUCGGAUUCAUGCUCGGGUCUUCCUACGUGCUUCAAGAGUAAAGUAAACAAUGAUGGAGGCAGAGAGCAUCUUUGGAGGAGAAACAUCUAGCAGUGUGAACAACCUCUUCAAAAGAGCCCUAAAGACCUACCUUUUUAAUAAAGCCUUUGGUUAGUUUUCCUCUAUGCUUUAUGCUUUUACUACCUUGCCUCUUACUUUGCAACUCUAUAUUCUUUAUUUUUUUAAAUUCUUUUUUUAUGCCAAUCUGUGACUGUCAUUCUAUUGCUUUUUUUAUUGUUGCUGCUCUUUUUUUACUGUGUACUGUAGCACUUUGAGAUUUUUUAUAAAUGUAAAGUGCAUUACAAAUUAAAUUUAUUAUUAUUAUUAUUAUCAUUAUUAUUAUUAUUAUUAUUAUGGGGUGCUUUGGCUCACACUAUCGGCGUUUUCUGUGAGUGUUGCAUAACUUUGGGUGAGCACAGACAUGAACGCACUUCGGCCACGUAUUUAUUUAUUCAUUUUUGUAGUUUUAAGUGCUGGUCUUGUACUGGUACUGUACUAGUGCAGCUGUAUACACUUAAAUUUUUCAUAGAACUGAAAGCAUACCAUAGCUAUAUCGUGAUAUAUAUCGUUAUCGUGAUAUAAAAUGAUCCAUAUCGUGAUAUACAUUUUUUUCCAUAUCGCCCAGCACUAGUGCAAAGUAUUGUAUUUAUGGAAACUGUCUGCACUUUACCGAGUCAGCUGCUGCAUGCACCUCGAAGGGUUUCACUGCUCUGUGUGCAUGUUUAUACCAAGGGGGCCUCUUCAUGAGUCAAGUCUGCAAAAGAGGCUUGAUUGUUCAUUUUGGUAAAGAUGUUGACGAGUUCAGACUGUGGGUGAGAAUGAAGGCUCAGCAGGUUUUACCGCAAGCUGCACAUCUCUUUACCAAAACAGAGAGUUUAUCAACCAUGUGGAAACAGUCUUUUUCUUUUCUCACACUGUGCUUUUAUUUUGAAGGUGCCCCUCAAACAGCUUUAACAUCUUUUUUUCCUCUUAAUGGUCCAAGAGCAUCAACCAGGGUUUCAGGAUUUCUCACGUUUAACCCCCCGACAUACUAGACGUAACAUAACUAUCACUGAUGACCAUGACUGUCUGCAGACUGUCACCAACAUAAUGAAGUCUAUUGUCUCUGAAGCAGGAAAUACUUUCUCACACGCACGCACGCACACACAGAAAGGGGAGUGUACUCAGUUUCCUCUAAUGUUAUCAGUUCACUGUAAAGGAAGUCGGUGAUGAAGAAAGAUGUCCCAGUGUUUGCGGAGUCAUUAACUCAUCUGAGGAUCAUUAGAAAGACUGGAGAAAUGGGCGGUUAAAGCACAUACACCCAAAUAAAGAUGGGAAACCACUGACAAGCUUUUUCAUGCUGCAGACUCACCAGAAAACGUCAUGUUAAUCAUUUUAUUUUGGAAAAGCAACAAAAAAAGUGUUUCGCAAGGAGCAGAGGACAGACGCUACCUCUGGGAUAGGUAAAUGUUUUCUUAUCCAUGUGCUGAUUUGUUUGGAGUGGUUCAGAGAGUCAGAUAGAGAUUGAGUGAGACAUACAAGGAGUGAAGUUGAAGCGCAGCAGGCUGGCAGAUGGAAACAGAUAACGAUAUGACAUUUUCCACCGUGACAGACAUCUGCUGACUACUAAGUAUCUCCCCCCCUGCAUCUCGCUCUCCCUUCCUUGGCCAUUGUUGGGUGGAAAUUUACAGCUUUGGUUGUGUCAUUGUGGCUCAGAAAGGACCAAUCACAAAUUCACAUUUGAUAGUUUCAAGGAGGAAUGAGAGAAGACAGAGGAGUGAUGGAUCAGGAUUUGGUUUUGUCCUACGAAUACACAAAUCCAGAUGAUCAGGCUGAUUUAGAGUUUAAAGAAAGUCAAUGAAGGUCAAAUGUUACGACAGGAACAGAUGGUUUUUGACACAUUAGACUGGGAAACAACUAGGGCUGCACGAUAUAUCGUUUGAGCAUUGUCAUUGCGAUGUAUGUGUGCGCAAUAGUCACAUUGCAAAGCCUCCAAUGUAGGAGGCGAAUGAACUCAUCUAAUUUCAAAGGUAGCUGACUUAGGAGCACUGCAUGUAGACUCUGCAUGUGCUGUGCAGUGAUCCACCAAUCGCAUUCAUUCUUUACGCAGUUGCCAAUCAGACUCCCCCUGCCAGCCGUCAAUCAAAAUUUAGGGAGGAGGAAACCACGCCCCUGCACAUGGAGUGAGUCGCUGGUGCUGCUGGUGUUGUGUUGAGAAACGAAUACCCACUAAGAAUUACUCUCUAAACAUUUCUUAUCACUGUUUAGCCCCACAAAUAAGAACUGUAUGGGUUUCAAAUUGUACAUUUCCGUGGACUACUCUACUAUAAGCGGUGCACAUGUUGCAAGGUGAAUGCAAUUCUGUACUGGCAUCUGUUUCUCAGCUGAAUAUCGGUAACAACUGCAAUGAUCGCAAAAUGAGUAACGAACAAGAGAAAACCACCAAAGGUGAAUACUUGUUGGCAAAAAGAAAAGGAACGUCAGUUAUUUGGAAUUAUUUCGGUUACAAGAAGGAUGAUGUCGACCAAAACAUGUAUUCUGUGUUCAUCUGUAGCCACAAUAACGUCCCAGCACAAUAAGAGCUAAAAAUAUCUCUGAGACAGACAGAAGCCAUUCUACUAACAUUCACAAAAAGAGGUAAGAUCAGUGCAGGUUAACCGUCCACAAGAUUUCAGCAGUGCAGCAUAGAAUAACUUUAUAUCCCAGGGAUGAAAAAAUUGCAAUGUUCGUUUUUUCCAACAUUGUGCAGCCUUAGAAACAAUUCUGCACACAUCAAACUCUUGUGAUCCAGACUGAUUCAGGACAGUUGUUUGGAGUUUUUAUCACAGCUGUGGCUUUCUGGUUGGGUCAUGGUUUUACUAGCGCUCAGGGUUGAGGGAAGCCUAAUGAAUUCUUCUAUAUGGCACCACUUUCGUAAUAAAACCCUGCAGGUUUAAAUCUGUCAACCAAGUUUACGAUCAUGCGAAGGACAAAAUCAGAUUGUGGUUACAGUUGGCAUGGUUGUGCAGAUUUUACUCUAGAGAGUUUGGAAAGUACCAAGGCUGCCAAAUGAGAUGGAUUGAGGGUCGAGACUUUAGAGAGGAAAGGGCAGUGGUCGAGUUACAGAAAAUUUGUCAGAGUUUGUCUCUGCUCAGUGACUUUUUCAGAGCACUGUUUACAGUUGUAUAAAAAGUUCCAAAAUAAGUUAAAAUCCUUAGAUUUUUCCUGGUAUUGUAUCAGAGUUUAAAUUGUGGUGUGUUGAUGACCCGACUCUAAAGCUCGAUCUGUGUUUUAUGAGUCUGGCUCUUGACUACAUGAAAAUAAACCCCCUUUUUUCAAGCCUGUUGGCAGUCUGACACUCAGUGGGUUAGACAGUCGUCCUUAAAGUCUGCCUUUGUCUUCUGUGUCUGCAGAAUGGCUCAGAAAGAGAAACUGCAGUGCCUGAAGGACUUCCAUAAGGACACCCUGAAGCCAUCCCCCGGCAAGAGCCCCGGCACCAGGCCUGAAGACGAGGCAGAGGGCAAACACCCACAGCGGGAGAAGUGGGCCAGCAAGCUGGACUUUGUUCUGUCCGUGGCUGGCGGCUUUGUAGGUUUAGGGAAUGUUUGGCGUUUUCCGUACCUCUGCUAUAAGAACGGUGGAGGUAAGAUGAUGCUGAGUUUUAACAAUUUCAUUCCCCAUCAUGUCAUCUUUCUUCAACAUUUCACCAUCCUAAUUCCUCCCCUCUCAGGUGCAUUUCUCAUCCCCUACUUCAUCUUCCUGUUUGGCGGAGGUCUGCCGGUCUUCUUCCUGGAGGUCGCCCUGGGUCAGUUCACCUCUGAGGGUGGCAUCACCUGCUGGGAGAAGCUCUGCCCCAUCUUUACUGGUAUGUAACCCUCAUACAUUUAUAACUGCUCUGUGGGCAAACAUUGUGUUGUAUACUUAGUGUGAAGAAGCAGAAGCCAGCGUAUCGACAGUAUCUAAGGUGUGUCUCGUCUCUUGUGGGCUCUGGGGCUCGGCUCCUGGAAACCACUCCCUCAGUACUAUGGAGACAGGGUCUACAGACACGUGCUUUCAACUAAUACCCAGGGAGCAGAGUGGUGCAUUUAGCAGCUAAAGAGCAAGUUAUUUCCCGGAGGAACCAGAGGAGAUCAAUUAUAGAUAAACAAAAGGCGGAGUAUUGAACACUGGGGUGAACUGUGCGUCUAAAUCAAUCAUUCAAUGUUGUGGAGUAAAUGCUGGAUGAGUAAACAAGCAGGAGGUUACUAAAACUGGUGAUUUACAAAAAUUCCAGACCAGAUGUUUUGAUCAUCACUGGUUAAUGAACAUGCUGGUUGGAGGUGCAGCUGAUUUCAAUAAUCAAAUCCAAACAGAGUUUUCAGUUCUGAUUAUUGAUGAAUUUCUUUUUUGCUCUCCCUCUGCUCAGUCCAUCGGUCUCUGUAAAGUUCCCUUUCAGUCCAUUCACUCGGUACAACACAUAAAGUAUGGGAUAUCACGCCCUCGCGUGGCCUGACUGAAGACACCUUUAUUCACGCCUUAAAGGCAGAUGAUCUGUGGUGACGUCUGGGAGGCUCUACCUGCUCUUACAUACGUGUAACACCACAGUCAUCCUUCAGUUCUUACGCUCUUCACCUCACUGAGAACACCUCCACCGGGUCGGGUUAACUAGCUGCUGCUAGCUUAUCCUGGUCUUGUCUGUGGCUACUGCCUGAUCGAUUUUAGCUUAACUCCCCCUGUUGGUGUUAGCCUGCGGCUACCCGCGGAGCACUAAUUUCGUUCAGCUUCUGCGUCUUGUAAUGAGCGCUGAGCUCAUGAAAGUGAAGGUGAAGUCUUCUGUUCGCCCCUGUCCUCAUGGAGAUCUUUCUCGUGAAGGGAGAAGCCGCACCCCUGAGGCUUGUCCCAUUUGCCUGGGGAUUGUCCACGCCAGGAGGGCGUUGACUGAGCCCGAGUCCUGUCACUGGCUUUGGAGCUUAACCCUGGGAAGGCGGGUCAAGUUUGUGGAGAAAAUACUAGGAAAAACUGCUGUUGUGCUGCACGAUCCCCUCCUCUCUGAGUCCCGGGACCCGGCUUCGUCCGAGUCUGGUGGUGAGGACUUUCUGGUUGAAGGCUCAGGUGGAAACUGGGCAGACCAUGUGGAGUGUGCCAACGGGUCAGCUAGAUUUGAGCCGGGCUCCUCCGAGGGCGCUGGCAAGCCGCUAUCCGGGCUAGCUUUUUACCAGGAGGACAUCGGCCUGGACGUGCAGGGAUUUUCAGAGGGUGAGCAGGAGCCAUUGUCUUCGGGUCAGUAUGCCGCUGCUGCUGCUCUGGUUGAGCUGGACGACACAUCCUUCCUCUCACUCUACUGCCAUGCAGCUGAGAAACUGGAAGUAGAAUGGCCCUCUCCUCCACCGGCUCAAAAACCAUCGCGGUUCUCUGUUUUUUUUCUCCCACCUGAACUGAUGACUGUUAAGAACAGUUUGCCCAUGUUCCCGGAUUUUGUCGUGGAACUAACCUCGACAUGGAACAAGCCGCUGUCCACCCGCGCCACAGUGCCCGGUUGUGGACAGUUUCUGGAUCUGGAGGGAGCUGAAAAAGCUGGUUUGGUGAACCCUCCGCCUAUGGAGGCGUCCCUGGCAGCCUAUCUGGCCCCGGACGAAAAUAAUGGUGUUGGUAGCCCCAUCAUGCUCCCAUCCAAGGUUUUCAGCGCAGGUUUUUGCUGCAGGUUUUCAGCGUCACAGCUGGAUAAGAUUUACAGGACACAGGCUAGUACAGGCCAUGCACUGUGCUCUGUCACCAUGCCUCAGACAUAUCAGGCUAUGUGUCUGGCAGAACUCGGCUCGCGUAUGCCUCCUGACAGUCCGCUUUCUCCUCUCCUCAAUGAGGUUAGGGUCGCCACAGAUAACAUUCUCCGUGGGUCCCGCUGUGUAGUGCUCUCUCUAGGUAGAGGCAUGGCUUCCACGGUGGUGGCGCAGAGGCACCUGUGGCUGACUCUCUCCGACUUUCCGGAGAGGGACAGAGCGGUCUAUCUUGACAAGCCUGUGUUGGCCAGCGGUUUGUUUGGGCAGUCCUUUCAACGCCAUUCAGGCUAAGUUUGAGCUGAGGAAGAAACAAACUGAAGCUUUGAGAAGCAUCAUCCCCAGGCGUGAUGCGUGGCCCAAACAACAGGGUUAUCUGCACAAAUCGGCACCAGCACCUCCCCCCAACAGGAUUGCAGCACCCACCAGUUUGGGGCCCCAGCCGGUGAAGCGGCAUGUACCCGGUCAGAACCCACGCCCCUCGGCUUGGAACAAGGGUCCGCCACUGAGCCACCGAGGGCAACAACCCCUCCCCCACAGUGCUGGAGGUCAGUCGACUGAAUGUUCAUCUCCCUCGGUGGCACGCAUGCGCAGUCUCACCAUGGAUUGAGAGAACCGUUGCCAUGGGCUACCGCUUACAGUUCAGGGCCCGGCCGCCUUGCUUCCACUCUGUAAUACACACAGUUGUACCAGAGGAAGCAGCAGCAGUGCUGAGGGAAGAAAUAAACAACUUGUUGAACAAGAGAGCAAUAAGAGUUGCUCCCGCUUCGGAAACGAACAUAGAUUGGUACAGCCGUUAUUUCGUUGUUCCGAAAAAAGGAUGAGGGCUCCGUCCUAUUCUAGACUUGUUUUAAACAAAUACCUACGAACUUACAGGUUCAAGAUGCUAACACUCAGACAGCUACUGGGCACGAUCAGACCGGGAGAUUGGUUUACAACUAUCGAUCUGACAGAUGCUUACUUUUACGUAGCGAUAUAUCCGCACCACAGGCAGUUUCUAAGGUUUGCAUUCGAGGGCAUAGCCUACGAAUACCUGGUGCUGCCAUUCGGCUUAUCACUCGCCCCCCGAACAUUCACCAAAUGUGUCGAGGCGGCAUUGGCUCUGCUACGGGAGAAAGGUGUUCGCAUUUUAGCCUAUCUAGAUGAUUGGGUGCUAAUUGCAAGCUCCAGAGAGCAAGCAGCGGCUUAGCUGUCAUUGACCCUAUCGCACAUCCAAACACUAAGCUUUUCGGUUAAUAUACAGAAAAGUUCACUGACUCCGAGUCAAAAGGAAUCAUUUCUCAGGUUGGAAAUAUGCUCCGUUUUAACCCGAGCACGUCUGUCAGAAUGCAGGGUGGCUGCGUUUCGCCGCUGACUUGCACAAUUUCAAUUGGGACGCAGACUGUGUUUCUGGACAAUUUUACAGCUGACAGGCAUGAUGGCAUCUAUGAUCGCUGUCGUGCCACUCGGACUGAUAAAAAUGAGAGUGUUUCAAUGCUCCGGGGGGGGGGUCCUCUUGUGAGAGAGUGGAGAUUGCACCCACUAGUGGUGGCUCAGAUAUGGGACUGCCUCGGCAGGGCAGAAGUAGAUCAUUUUGCCUCCAGAGCAAAUACUCAUUGCCCCCUGUUCUUUUCCAUAACAGGCUGCAAUGCUCCCCUGUGAAUGGAUGCGCUAGCUCAUCCAUGGCCCUGGUGGUUCCUCGCUGGCCGGCAAAGUUGUGGUACGCAGAGAUAAUCAGGCAGCGAGGCCCUGGCAGCUCCCUUUUUGCAGGGAUCUCCUCUCUCAGAACUGUGGCGACUACAUGCUUACCUGUUGAAAGGUCCAACUUAAUAGCCCAGGGUCUGCCCCCAAAUGUGGUGGCAACAAUCCAGAGGGCAUCAUCUACUUGGGGCCUAUAUGCCUAUAAAUGGCGGGCGUUUGAGCAGUGGUGUCAGGACCGAAAUGUAUUCUUAUUUCAGAGUUCUAUUGUGGAUGUUUUAACAUUCCUUCAGGACCUGCUGGAUAGGGGUCUCUCUUUCUCAACAAUUAAAGUCUAUUUUGCGGCUAUAUCUGCAUGCCAUGUUGGCUUUGAUGGUGUGACGCCAGGCACUCACCCUACUUCUAUGUGCUUCCUAAAGGGAUUCCGCAGGCUAAGAUCUGUUCUUAAACCCAGUUUUCCCUCAUGGGAUUUAGGGCUGGUGCUUGAGGCUCUUGGUGGACCCCCAUUUGAGCCUAUUGAGUCAGCAGACAUGAAAUUUCUUUCAUACAUACAAGACUGCACUACUACUUGCUUUGACGUCUGCAAAGCGAGUGGGCGACCUUCAUGUUUUGUCUGUGCAUCCCUCUUGUACCCAGUUCACUCCGGAUGGAUCUAAGGUUACAUCUGGGGAUAAGAUUAUCCCCACAGCCUAUAGCUCUAUGAGUUUUGAGCUGCUGAGCUUCUGCCCCCCUCCAUUUGCAUCUGAGGAGCAGAGGACCUUGCAUCCCUUGUGUCCUGUGUGUGCACUACGCACUUACAUAGACCGCACUCAGAGUGUGCGUUUAUGUGACCAGUUGUUUGUCUGUUUUGCUAAUCCAGCCAAGGGGAAGGCGCUGUCUAAGGGGCGGCUUUCCCACUGCAUUGUGGAGGCUAUCUCCUUAGCAUACAGCAGCAGGGGUCUCCCGUUGCCCCAAGGUUUGAGGGCACAUUCAACCAGGGUAAUGGCGGCCUCUUGGGCCUUGUUUCAAGGGGUUUCCGUGGGUGAUAUCUGCACGGCAGCCAGUUGGUCAUCACCGCACACUUUUGUUCGGUUUUAUCGUUUGGAUGUGACAGCACCUUCAGUGGCUCACUCUGUCCUUUCUGCUGGGUCUACAAUGCACUAAAAGUUUUGGAGGUUUUACUUCGGUUCGGUGGCUGCUCUGCGGGGCGUGUAUAUAUGUCCCAUACUAUAUGUGUUGUACUGAGUGAAUCGACUGAAAGGCAACGAAAUGUUAUGAAUAUAACUUCUGUUCCCUGAAGGAGAGGAACGAGGUACAACACUGGGUUGCCCCACUGCGCGGCAAGGCUCAGUGAAGAGCGGCUAUCGAAAUGAAGGAUGACUGUGGUGCUACACGUAUAUAUGUGCAGGCGGAGCCUCCCAGACGUCACCAGACAUCGCCUGCCUUUAAGGCGUGAAUAAAGGUGUCUUCAGUCAGGCCACGCGGGGGCGUGAUAGCCCAUACUAUAUGUGUUGUACCUCGUUCCUCUCCUUCAGGGAACAGAAGUGAUAUUCAUAACAUUUCGUUUCUUUGAGUUUAAAUGCAGUUGUCAAACCUGCUUAAAGCUGAAAUACUGCCACCUAUUGGUCUGGAAGAGUACAUCUUUGUAACGCAAACUUAAUGAAAUCAGAACCAUGGUGUGAGGACACGCCCCUCACAUCCAAAUAUUCUCAGUGAUAUUUUAAUCAUGUGAAACAGUUGGAGUCCACUCUUCACUGUAGUCAGAGAGGUGGUUCUCACACACCUCGGUGUCUCCUCUAAUGAUGGGCAGAGUUUUUUCCUGCCAAGCUACCAGCUUUAAAUUUUUCCAGACCUCUGUUGUUUUUCACAGAGGAAUGGCUGUGCAACAUAAGGCUGAGUCACACCAGACUCUCCACCAAUCAGACGGCUGAGACUUUACCCUGCAACCGUUACCAGGCAACCAGACCUGCUCUGGUACACCAACACACUGAGGCCUCCAUUCUGCUCAACCCUUCUGCAGCUCAAAUCUUGUCUCCUGUGAAAACGUUCUCUCCACCAAGAAAGAGCAUUUCGAUUCUUCCACGUCUCCUCCUCACAGCAUAUGGGAUCAGACACAGACCCAUUUUCUGUCUUUUCGUUUCUGUUCCUUCACUUUCUUUACCAUACUUCCCCUCCUGGGCUCUUUUUUUAAUUCCUCCAUCAUUUCUUCUCUCCUUCUGUCUGCUCCCACCUCAAUAAGGUUAACAUUUUCCUCUCUCUUAAAUCUCUACUUUUUUUUUCCUUUUUUAAAUGCACUCACAUUAAUAUCUAUAUUUCAAUAUUUAGAAACCGUCUUUCUUUUCUUUCAGACGCACCUCCCCGCCUUGACUCGCUCACACACACAGACACACACACACACACACACACACACACACACACACACACACACACACACACACACACACACACACAAGACGGUGUACAGAGUGUCCCAAAUCACAUGUUGCUACAGCAACAGCGCAGCAACACAUCAGAGAGGGAUGGAGAGAGAGAAUGAUAAGACAGAGAGAUCAGAGGCACAGGGAGAUGGGCUGAUAAAAAAGAGAGAAACUGGGGGAAACAAAAGCAGGGAUGGAGAGGAGUGGCAUAAAGGGAAGAGAAAAACAAAAAGAGGAUGGAAAUAAAAGGAAGCAACAACAACAGCAACAGAGUGAGAAAUAGAGUGAGAUUUACAGGAGGCAGGAUGGAGGAAACGAGGAGGAGAGAAAGGAAACAAGGAGGGAAACAAAGCAUUAACAGACAACAGUUAUAAUAGGAAUGAGUGAAUCAGGUGACCGCCAAGUGAGUAGGGUGUGUUUAGAUGUACAAAAGAUAAUGAAUAAAAAAGAUAAUGCAUAGAAAAUGUACCAAGCUGAACAAAGUGCACUUUAUUUACAAAUUCUACAAAUAAAUGCAUCUUUGUAAUGACCAUAUGAUCCUUCCCCUUUCUGUUUAUGUGCAUAUGUGAAAAGGCUGAGGGAGGGAGAGCAGCAGCAAAGACCCCCCCCCCCCCAAGGGUAAAGACAUACGCAGGCUUCAGUGACAAUCCACAUGACCUAAAAUCUGACAUCAUUAGAAGAAGGAGCUUGGAAGGAGGUGGGGAGAGCAGCAGCAAAGGACUUGGAGGUCCAGAACAGAGAUGUAGGCGGGCCUUAGCAGUUUAAGUAGAACUCACAUCUGGACUUGUCCAAAUUGAACAUGAGGGAAGUUGGUGAGACGAUCAGGUAGGGCCGGGCAAUAAAACAAUAACGAUAUAUAUCGAAAAUUAAUUAACCUCUAUAUCAAUAUAAAACACAGUCAAUAUGCUUUUUGAUAGUCUGCCAUGUUUUGGUAGACUACAUGAACAACCAAUGAAAAGGGGAGUUUCUCCGUGCUGAACCAAUCAUGUGGUGAAUUAGAACCAAGUAGCAAACAACUGCAUAGUAGCAGGCUGCAGCUACACGCAACCAUAGCACUUUAACACGUGAAGCUGACAGCACUGUUGGUGAAAAAUGCAGAUGAAGGUUUAACUGGCACCAAAACGUCUGUGUAGAGGUUUUUUUUGUUGAGGUCAGACAUGGAGCAGAGUAAUGUGCACUGCAAAUUAUGUUGAGUACAUGUUCUCGCAAAGUCGGGGAAUACCUCCAAUCUUUUACACCACCUGGAGCGGUGCCACGCGGCAGAGCAGGCGCAAUGCAAAAGGUUACAAACCCGAGCGGAGCACGGAGCCCAUGGCGCCUGUGCAGCCGACCAUUCAGUCCGCUUUCUCUAGCGCAACGCCUUACGACAAAACGUCAGAGACACAAAGACCUCACAGAUGCAGUAGCUUUUUAUAUUGCAAAAGACAUGCUACCAAUAAGCACCGUUAAAUUAUUUUUUUUAUACUGUGAUAUGUAUCGAUAUCAUCUGAUAUGAAAAAAUAUAUAUCGUGAUGAAAGUUUCCCCAUAUCGCCCAGCCCUACUAUCAGGUACAGCGCACAGCUGAUGUUUGACUUGCUUUGGCAGUUUCUCUAUCUGACAGGAAACAAUUUCAGGGAUGAUUGUAACCCACGUGAGAGAAUAUAGAGCCACAUGGUCAAAGUCAUACAAGAAACACACUGUGGACUUUGGUCCUGCUUCUUAACACUGCUGUCCAUUUGAAGAAAGACUCUUCAGGUGCUCCCUCAGGUCCUCAUUUCUGCCCUGAAAAGAGAAUUAUAGUUUUAUCAUUCACUUUUGUUUUCAGGCAGUUAAGAGUUUAUAAUUUAUUCUCCCAAAUGGACUUAAUAUGUCACAUGUCCCAGUUGCAGCAGACUUUAUCAUCCCAGUGGGGAUCAUCAUGUCAUGUGCUCAAACACAGUUUCACAGUGUAUUUGUGAAAAUAUUGAUUCUUAAUGCAAAUAGACAACACAGGGAGGUCAGCUGAGGUCAGGGGAUGAGGACAAAAAUGACAUCAUGGAGGAGAACACAUCUGUUUGUUUGAUCAGCACUGUUCCAUGUGAUCCGUGUGUAUGUGUGUGUGCGUGUGUGUGCAUGUGUGUGUGCGUGUGCGCGCGUUAAAAAGAUGGAGCAGUGAAAAAGAUUUCACAUUCUCUCACACACACACACACACACACACACACACACACACACACACACACACACACACACAUAUACAGAUGGCCUAUGACGUUGAAGGACAUUAAUUUGGAUGAGUGGUCUCAGCAGCAGUGUGUGUCCACUGACAGUACACAUACUCUCUCACACACUCCAGUCCUACUAAUAAACUUAUGAGUACAUUCAGGGAUCACAGUCAUGACAAAACCUCAAACUUAAAAUCUCAUUCAUCUUCUAAUCUGCACCCAAAUCCUGACUCCUACACCCGCCCCUGUUAAAAGGGAUUUUCUUAUCUCUGUAUCCAUGUUAAGGACACACACACAUGCACACACUCACACACACACACACAGGCACGCACAUGCAGUGGCUUUGUGUCAAGGUCAGUAUUGAUGCAGAUCCUCAAACCUGGUUUCCAAGUCUUAGAUUAGAUUAUAGAUUUUAUUUCGGUCAUAAUACAAAAUAAACAGAAAAGAACAAGGCAGGUAAGACAUAUACAUAUGUAUAUAUAUAUACAGUAUAUACAUAUAUAUAUAUAUAUAUAUACGGUUUACAUGAUUGUUUGACCGAAAAGGUUUAGGGCUGAAGCCGAAGCUUAAAGUCCUUCAAACUAAUGAAAUAAUCCAGUUUAAGGUGACCCUGAAGCUCAGACUGAGACGACAUCCACCAAACCUGGCCCCCUGCUUUCAUCAGAUACAUCAUAAGCUUUGACGUCUUCUUUUCUGGCCAAUCAAAACUCAGCAAAAUGUUAUUAUUUUGACACAAACUCUCUUUCUCUCUCUCUCAUCCUCCAGGUAUUGGUUACGCCUCCAUUGUGAUUGUGUCCCUGCUGAAUAUCUACUACAUCGUCAUCCUGGCUUGGGGCCUUUACUAUCUGUUCCAGGUCAGUCAGAGAAAGUGAACUGGUUCAAACUGAACCCUAAACCCCUCCUUCCUCCCUCUGACUUUAUUUAUGCCUGUCCCGAACUUUAGAGUUAAUUCAGAGUUUUAUAGAUAUGCCAGUGACGCAGAAACUAAAGGUCUUCCUCUUGUGUGUUAGGGUCAGACGAAAGAUUACAAACAGAGUAAUUCAUUCAAGAGGUUUAGCCCUCUGAGAGAGACUACAUGAGCUAUCAGUUCAACAGUUUAAGAAUAAAGUUCCUGAGUGGAUUUCAUCAUCUACAGUACAUAAUAUCAUUCAAAGAUUCAGAGGAUCUGGAGAAACAAGGACAAGGACCAAAACCAGGACUGGAUGGUCCUAAACUUCAGGGCAUUAAAAACAGACAGGACUCUGGAGUGGGAAUAACCGCAUGGAAAUGAUAACUGGACUUACUUGAGACGUUUAAAACAUCUCAAGUAGGUCCAGUUGUCAUUUCAACGAAGAAUUGGAAAUCAUAUAUGCUGCAUCCUUAGUUUUAAUCACUGCAUGGACUCAUGGGGGGCGGGGUACGUUCUUUAGGCAUAUUCACAAGAACAUGAGCAACCUAAACUCUGUAAAACCAAGUGCAAGAAAGCUGUGUUCCUUGAUUCCCUGUUUUAUUUGGGACUUAGACAUAAAAUCAUCUUUUCAAAACAAAAACCCUCAUUAAGUGAUUUUAAGUGGUGGUUAGAGUGUUUACUGGAACUGUCAGGACCUCUGCUACCAAUCAUGAUCCAAAUCCUAAUUGUUUCUCUGUUGUAACUCCAUCUUUUUAUGGUUUCAGUGUUUUCAGCCAGAGCUGCCCUGGGCCAAGUGCAAUCAGCCCUGGAACACCGACCGCUGCAUCGAGGACACCUACCGCAAGAACAAAUCCCUCUGGCUGGCCGCCAAUGCCUCCAACUUCACCUCCCCCGUCACUGAGUUUUGGGAGUGAGUUACAAAAAAAAACAUACGUGCACAGUUGUGUAACCAAGCAUGCGACUUUUUUUCAUGUGGAAAGUUUGGUUAAGGUGCAGCGUCCUGGUAGAUGACCUGGUAGGAAGAUGGAAGUGCUGAAUUUUGAGGCAAUCCAGAGAGGGUUGAUUUCUUUCAAUUUGGUUUGCUGGCAGUGGUUAAGACAAAAAAAAAGUGCCCUAAAACAUUUGGAAAAGACAGCGACUGGGGGGUUUACUAUGUUUAAAAUCUUGUUUACUUAGCAGACUGUGUUGUGAGAGGUGUUUGGUGCUUAUGAAAUCAGUGAUCCUGCAUAAAAACACCCUCCUGCAGAGCAUCAACUGUCUUUGAAUCAUUGAAAUGAUCGUGGAGGGUUGAUUUGCAGAAAUCAACUCGCUCCCUGACCCUGCUUCUCCUUUAUUUUGCAGACAUAAUGUGCUUGGUAUCACUGGUGGUAUAGAGCAGAUGGGUCCUGUUAAAUGGGACCUGGCUGUGUGUUUACUGCUUGUUUGGGUCAUCUGCUUCUUCUGCAUCUGGAAAGGAGUCAAGUCCACUGGCAAGGUAAAUAUUUAUCUGUGUCUUCCUCUGCUUUCCUUUGUUUACUGUCAUUCACAUAGUUUUUUCUUGUAUAAGACUGAUCCUAUCAAAGUUUCUGAUUCCUCUUAAACUUGCUGAACUUCCCCUUUUCUCUGAAAGUUUUAUCUCUUCUUACUCAUAAUGCCUGCUUGAAUUAUGACAGGCUGAUGGUCAUAUGAUGUUGUCACUCCAGCCAGAACAACAGGGGUCCGUUUCACAUAGCAGGUUUAGUGGAAACUCUGAGUUUGUUAACCCUGAAAUCAGGGAAACUCUGAGUUUUCCGUUUCACAAAGGAGGGUUAGUUAAACCAGGGAGAGAGGGGUAACUCUAACCUGUUUCACAAAGAGAGGUAACUCAACCUCGCGGUCAGUUACCACAGUAACAGACUCCGUGAACCUAACCUGCUCGGGAGCAGGUUUAACUCAGUAAACCCAGAGUUUCAGGUGAGACAUCGGCAUUUUCUCAUUUUGAUCAUGUUUUACAUUGUCAAGUAAGUAUUAAGUGGCAGUUUGAUCCCUUAAAAAAUUAUCUUUUCACACUCAAAACUGAAUUUUACUCUCUUAUUAUGUUCUCCCCCCCCCCCCCCCCCCCCCGUUCGACGAUCGCGGCCGGUCCGAUCGCAAAUCCCCCCCCCCCCCCACAGACACAGACACACACACACACACACGCACACCAGUCCGACGAUCGCCGCUACGGGGUGGGGGUUGCGAUCGUCGAGGGGGGGGCAGCUCCUCUGCCUCUGUUAAAGGUGGAGCUGCUGGGCCACCACCCGUUUUUCUGGCAUCUGCCCUCUUUCUGUUUCCUGAGUGAAAGUCUAAUAUUGAGUGUAGUGUGUGUUAGUUUAAUAUAUGUACAUAUACAUACUGAGAGUUAGUUUAAUAUUCCUAAUCAUUUAACGGAACAUCAUAAGAGAGUAAAAUUCAUUUUUGAGUGUGAAAAGAGCAUUUUCUAAGGGAUCAAACUGCCACUUAAUACUUACUUGACAAUGUAAAACAUGAUCAAAAUGAUUCAAGCAGUUUCCCUGCAACAGUCUGUCAUUGUGAUUGCACGAGACUAGAUUUAAAGUUACGCAUUGACGCGAGCAGCGAUUUCCUCCCAAGCCCUCUCCCUCUCCUUUGCAGCUGCUGCUGUAUUGAACUUUCUUUUACAAACGUGCUGUAAUUCGCUGUUGGCUUGCUGCUGCCCCCUCCUUCUCCCUGUUUCCAUUGGUUGAUCAAUGAAUCUGCGCUCCACAGAUGCUGGCUGUUUAUGUCUGGCGUGCACGUGCUUAACUCCAGGUCAAACUACUCGGAGUUGUUAAAACCGUCUCAAAUCAGGUAUUGUGAAACCGGAAACUCAGAGUUUCCUAACUCAGAGUAGAUCAACUCAGAGUUAAGGAUUUAACUCAGAGUUUGUUGAACCACCUACGUGAAACGGACCCCAGGAGUAAUGUUGGAAUCUGGGAGGGCCGAGGGCUGCUGCAAGUGCAUGUAGUGUUAUACUGAUGAACCCCGAAUGAAGUCAGGUUAAACUGAAAUGGGAACAAAAAAAAAAAUCAUUUUCGGCCACAACGUCGAAAAGAAUUGAAUCUGAAAUGAAAUUGUUUGGUAAGACCAUAUGAAUUUCAGAUUUACACAUAUUUCCGUGUCAGGAAAUAACUGAAUCCCAUCAAGGCAACAUCUGGUUUCACUUUGCUGUACUUCCUCUCAGGGCUUGGCAGCAGCAUUGCAACAUAGGGGUAAAGCUCUCUCAUAUAUCGUAUAAAUUAAGACUUCUUGAAAGCUAGUGAGGGUGUGACAUUCUUAGAAGUUUGAAACAGUCUUGAUCCUCACAAAGAUUCAUUGUGCUUUCUUCUGUUUGUAAAUGAGGAACUGCUAAGCGUCUUCACCAUAUGACACAUCCUUAAGUCACAUGACCACAUUCACACCACUGACAGGGACCAUCCACAAUCGCCAACACUGCAUUUACACACUGAGAUUGGCAGCAAUCCGGUGUUCGAUUUGCCAAAUACUUUUGCAUCUAAACUGUGGGAGCAGAGUUCAAGCUGGCAACCUUCCCACUAAGAGAUGACCACCUCCACCUCUGAGCCACGGCCCACUGAGUAAACAUGUCUCAGGGAAGCUGUUCCUAAAGUGACGUUUUGAAGCCAUAAAAUGGCCAUCACCAAACUGGGAAUGUCUGGUUGUCAGUCAAGACAGCCACGCACCAAAUCAUGCAAACCUUGUAACCUUCAGAAUUGGCGAGUUUGAAAAAAUUUUACAACUUAAAAAAAAUUAUUUUAUAACUUUAGAAAUGGGGUUGUCAGACUGUAGCCUUUUUGCCUUCCUGGCUGUACAUGUGUAUUUUAACAUGGGAUGUAAGUGGUCCCCCCACUGCUUUUGGAGAAAGCCUCAAGUGGACAUUUGAGGAACUGCAGUGUUUUGUUUUUUGCAUUGGCUUCUUCUCACCGCUUGCCCUCUCCCUCUAUGAUAAUCUGGAAAAGCUGAGCUAACCAACUAUUUUAAUUUAAAAUAAGAAAUAAAAGGAGCAAAUAAAAAGUAUACUUUUAUUGAGAAACUCCUUUAACAAAGCCAUCAUGUUGUCUAACGCUGGUUUGUUGAAGUCCUGUGUUUGGCAUUAUGAUCACCGCUGUGCAUUGAGGGAUCUUAUCAAAAUUUAAGCCCGAUAUUAUACCGCUUCAGUUUAACAAGAUAUUUGAAAGAUUUUAAAGUCACAUAAUUUAAUGCCUAACAAUACCUGUUAUUGUAUUAUUUUAUUGGGAAUCAGCAGGUAAUUAGAGAUUUACAAGGUUUUCACGGCUUUACAUCCAAGAACCAGGGCAGAGGAUUCAUGCACUGAUACUCGUCAUUAAGUAUUGACUGAUGGAUGGGGCUGUUAAUGCAUGUUAAAGGACAAUAUUUAAGACCCUGUUCAGUUGCUGCUUCAACAUUAACAACAACAACUCACACACAGACUGGAGGCCGCUCAAUCAAUCCCAGACAGCUCUUUUUGUAGCCUCAACACUCUGUAUUGAUUGUCCAAGCCUGAUUUAUGCUUUUUGGUUGCUCCGAGCUGUAACUCUUGUAAUAAAGUUGCUCCUACAAGGCCAAGUGCUGUCACCGCUCCCUAAAUAACACAGACUGAUACACAGCUAUUGAUUGAAGCAACAUACUAUGGUCUUGGAGCUCAGGAUCGAAAAAUAGCCCCCAGAGUUAACAAAUUUAUCUGACAUAAUCUCCCUCCAUGACAAAAGAAGUAUUUUCAAGUUGGGGAAAUAACAAAUCAGAUUCUUUCUUUGUGUUGAGUCAUUUCCAGAACUGGAGCUGAUCCAGCCUUUAGAGGUUUACUCUGUGGAGUGACACUGACUGGUGUUGUUCUGUUUGUGGUCCUCCUCAGGUGGUCUACGUCACUGCAACGUUCCCAUUUGUCAUGCUUAUCGUGCUGUUGAUUCGUGGUGUGACACUGCCAGGUGCUGCUGAGGGCAUCAAGUUCUACCUGUACCCUGAUCUUGCUCGCCUGAAAGACCCAGAGGUAGGUACCCCUAGACUGUUUGGGUUCCCAUUUCAUCGUUGGGUUCCACCAAGUGGUCCAAUCCAGUUUGGUUUGGUGUGGUGCACAAUUAUAGUGUGUUUCCACUGUCAAAAGUUAGGUCAAAACCAAUCUGCACCGUCCCUGUCAUGCCUGCAGAACCCUUGCAUGUAAGGUCGGCUCUAGAAACACAUGCAAGACAAGGAUUUACUGCACUGAGCCAUACCACACUGUCCUGGACUAGACUGGACCAUUUGCUGGAAAUGGCAAUCUUAUGACAAAGGAUCACAGUGCUUGUACACUGACAGUCUAAUUAGCAAACAAUGGUUUAGUCCACCCCUCAUACCGGACAUCUGAUUGGACAUUUUUCAGUACUUCUGGUCUAGUUUCCCUCAUCAGCAGGCCUCAGCCUUUCUGUCCCCACUUUCUCAUUCUUGCUUGGUAGGUCUGGAUCGAUGCUGGCACCCAGAUCUUCUUCUCCUACGCCAUCUGUUUGGGCGCCAUGACAUCCUUGGGGAGCUACAACAAGUACAAAUACAACUGCUACAGGUGAGGCGUCAGCUUUUAGUGAGGAGGUUAGCUAUAGUGACGGGAUCCUUGUGUGUUCAUUAACAAAUCCUCCUCAUGACAUAUGUGUGACAUAGGGACUGUUUGCUGCUGGGAGCCCUCAACAGUGGUACCAGUUUUGUGUCUGGCUUCGCAAUAUUUUCCGUCCUGGGCUUCAUGGCACAAGAGCAAGGGGUGGACAUUGCUGAUGUGGCAGAGUCAGGUACGAGGGUCCUGUAAGGGCGGCAGUGAUGGUGGGCGCUGCUUCCUGGUUAAAAACUACAAAAAAAAAAACAAAAACAAAAAAAAAACAGUAUUUACAAAGAAAAACAGCAACGAAACCGAAAGAGCGAAUUCACAAAGUUAUUCAAAAUGGAUCCCUUGACUGAUUUCAAAUGAAGGCAUCGCAUUAUGGAAGUUUCCGCAAUCAAACACACCUUGACAAAAGCAGAGUGAGAGUGCAUUUUUAUUGGUUGGCUGUUUCAGCAUAAAGGCAGUUUAAGAACGACUCUUUAAAAAAGUGACAGUUUAUUCUUUGAAUUAGGUAAAAUGUCGAUAUGCAGAGCGUCUUGUGCCAGGGGUCGAGUUCGAGUUCGAGUUCUAUUGAGUUCUAUGCUGAAGGUUCUGUUUGUUGGUUCUGAGAGGCUCCUCGUUGCUUCGUCUAGGAGACAAACGGGCUUUGCCUUUGUUGUGGCUCCAGUGCAUUUGUGCGAGACAUUGGCAAUAUUUUUGUGUUUCUGAGUCCAUGGACCUGAGACAUACAGAUGUAUAGAGUUCAGGUGGAAGUUUUAGCCUGGUUUAUGAUAAAGCCACACAUCAGAAGAUAAAAACGGAGAAGUGGAAGUUAUUUUUGGGGCUUGUUGGGAAACUUUUGCUGUCUUCUGUGGAUAUAUUGCUUUCACACUCUAAGGACAUCCUCUCGGACAAAGAGAAUUAAACCUUUUAAUUUUUCCUCCCAUCAAAACAAUAAUACUAUUAAGGCCAAGUCUUUCGUAGCACCGUGAGCUAACUUCAAGCUCUGCUAAUGCCCAGAUGAUCUCUUCAUUCAGUACCAAACAAAGGUUUGACAAUAGAGGACAACAUCAGUGCUAGGUCAGGGGAUUGACUUGAUAUAAGGACUUUAAAGGGUCUAGACAGAGCACAGCAGUCUUGCUCAGUCGAGAACAUUUUCCAUUGAACACAGUUUGGUUUUUCCAGUUGAUUGUAAACUCAACUUUUCUAAAGUGCAGUUUUUACGUCUUCUAUAGACAUGAAAAAUAAUUCCUACAUUGUUUGAAGAGGAAUCUGUCUUUAGCUACAGUUUUCAAGAUUUGGUAAAAAGACAUUUGGAGACCAGAUAUUACAUUAUUUUAAAACCUGGGUCCUUGUUUUAUAUUUAUGGAUCCAAAUUUUUUUAAAAAGUGAAAACAUUUUGGCAUUGCUCCAGUAGAUUUUUCAGCCAACAGCCAGAAACAGGCCGCAAUGUAAUCCCGGGGUGCAAACACACCCUGAAAGUGCGUGUUGAACCAGUGACAGGCUCCGAUUGUGUUGUAUUGUUUGACACAUUGUGGUCCAACACGUCAGACAAAGUGUACCUGUUUUCUAUCAAAAAUAACUACGUCUAGUGUUGGUGUACUUGCCUGAAGGAUUCAGUCACAGCCAUUUUUUCUGUUAAACUUCAGGUGGCUGAAAUCACCUCCUAGAACAAUGCCAAAACGUUUGCACCUGUCAGUUUCAGACAAAAGUGAGCACAGGUUUAAGAACAAAGACAUAACUCUUUAUUCCUCUGCUAGCUUUCGAGUCUGUAGGACUGGAAGUUGUCAGAGUUUUGAGUCAACGCGGUGUUUGGUUGGAUGCCUAGUCACAAUUUGCCACAAAAAGAACAUAUUUACACACCUUGGUAUCAGCUGUGAUGCCUUCCUGUUUCUUGACCUUUGUUUUUUCCUAAUUUAGCAUCAUUUAAGAGAUUGCAUCUGCUGCUGUUUUGUAAAGGCCAUUUUGCAUUACUCAUCAAAAGGAUCAAAAGGAUAAAUCAGCAAGGGAUACAAAGAGGCUGGAGUAAUGUAGCUUAGCAUGCUAAGUAUGACAUUACUGCAUCAUUGUUUCCCUUAAUCCAGAGUUUUGGGUAACUUGACUCCAUGCAACUCAUGUACUGUACUAUUUCCAAUACACACAAAUACACACACAUGCUGUGUAUGCAUCCAUUUACAGUGUGCUCAGUAAUGUUAUCAUUUCUUGGACAGACAUUCAGUUACACAAAGAGUAUUUCACAUUUCAUACAACCUCGAUUCCAAAAAGGAGCCAUGAGUCUUUAUACAAACAAAUUUGAUGGUUUACUAAUCAUGUACAGCUCCUGUCUGAUAAAGAAUAGUGCAAAGAUGAAAUAUGAAAUGUUAAAAAAAUAGAUGUUUAUUAAAAUAUGAAGCCACAUUAGAAAAAAAGUCUUGACAGGAACAACAAACGUAAAAAGUUGUGUAAUGCCUUUAAAAAAACAGCUGGAGAAACAGCGUCUAACCAAGGAGGUUAAGUUCCAACAAAACAGAUAUCUUCAGGCCCAGUUCCAGAGUCCUGUCUGUGUGACGGACAGACAGGACUCUGGAGUUGAAAUCACAGCAUGGGCUCUAAACCUCUUUCAAAAACCAUUGACUGUUGACACAAUUUAUCACUGCAUCCACUAAUGAGGUUCAAACUGAACCAUCAAAGAGGAGACCAGAUAAAACCAGGAUCCGAUCCGACCAAUCUGCUUUUUAAAAACAACUUUAAACUGAGUCUGUGUUUUAAGGGAAAAAAUAACAUUCUUAGUUUCAACAUUUCAUGUGUUACCUUUGCACUAUUUUCGGUUUAAUCUAAAUUUUAAAUGAUUUGAAAAACAUUAAAAUCUGUUUUAAUUGAUUUUGUAAUCUGUGUCCCGACUUAAAUGGAACUGAGGUCCAGAUUGUUCUGGUUCUGUGAGUCUCAAUGAAAAGGCUUUUAAACCGUGUUAGAUGUAACCAUGUGUAAGUCAUGUGACAUAAAUGCUUAAAAUCAAACAGGUAAGUAAAUAUGUGCGAGUCUAACUGUUAUUCCACUCAACAGCAUUACACAGCUAAACAGUUCUGUUCACACACACACACACACACACACACACACACACACACACACACACACAACCAUCUAUUUUUAGCUCUGUUGCACAGCUUUUAUCACACAUGCACAUCUGGCUCUGUAUUCCCCCAUUUCCUCCCACAGGGAUGCAGAUCAGAUGAGGCUCAUCAUGAUACUAAUGUUGAAUCCCCCCACCCCCCCUCCCUCUGUUUGGUCUCCCCCUUUGCCCCCCCACUGCAGGUCCAGGCCUGGCAUUCAUUGCCUACCCUAAAGCUGUAACCAUGAUGCCUUUUCCUACAGUCUGGGCAAUUCUCUUCUUCAUUAUGCUGCUGCUGCUUGGCCUCGACAGUCAGGUGAGCUGAAACAAAGAGGUGUCAGCAAAACCAGUUUUUGAGGCGACCCUCACCAAACAGUUUGAUCCUCAAUGACAGUUGAAGCCUGCACACAAGUUUAAAGGGUGUUCAACAUCAAGUUUAGGGCUAUUACAAAGCCGCAUUUUUACCUCUCCUUUAUCAAAGCCAAGACAAUCAAGAUAAAGGUUUUAUCCUGAUUUUUAUGGAAAUCUUAGAUAGGCUAUGCUAAGGGAAGUCAAAAAAUAUGGAGAAACAUGGUAAUUUAUAAACUUCAUUGAUUAAAAAAUAGAAGGAAGACAUGACCGCUAAAAAGUUUGAGAUGCUUUUAUUUUGAAAAUUUUACUGUCUCAUUUUGAUACUUCUUUGUUUCCUUUAAUGAAAUUUAUGACUGUUUUUGAUGUAUUGCUGUUCAUAGAAAUGAAUGAAAAUGGUCAGAAAGUAAACUUAUCUGUACUCCAAAGAGGCGUACUAAGGGGUUUGAAUCAUGAUAAAUCUUAAAUUAUCUGUUUUAAGAUUUAUAUGUUUUAAAAUUAGUCUAAAGAGCUACUCCUGCUCUCUACUAUGAACCAGUUCGUCACAUGGGAUGCCUGUAUUUUAGCAAGAAACCAACUUAGAUGUCGAUACUGGUGCAUUGGGACCACCUUGAUAUUGUAUACGACCCGGUAAGAUUGUGACUCUGUUCAAGUGGUGCAAAAUCCAAAUACUGCCAAAUAUAAAUGGGUUGAAUUGUCUGCAAAGCUUAAUCUAAAAGACAGCCAGGUUUUGAGACUGUUCCUGUAAACACACACAGGGGAAAAGUCUACGCAUUGUCCUCUGCUUCAGUCUGCACAUGCAGUUAUUAACAUGAGUGCUGACAUGCCAUGUCUGAGCCAACAAAAUCACACGUACAGAAAACAAACAUGCUCAAGCGUGUCGCUAAGCUGGACUGAUCAGGUUUUUUUACAUGAGGUUUCUGGUAACCUUUCUGUGUUUGUGUUUCUGCAGUUUGUGGAGGUGGAAGGGCAGAUCACAUCACUGGUGGAUCUGUAUCCGUCCUUCCUAAGGAAGGGUUACCGCAGAGAGGUCUUCAUCGCUAUCAUCUGCUGCAUCAGCUACCUGCUUGGACUCACCAUGGUUACCAAGGUAACAACACCAUCGGAAAAUCGCACAAAAUUGAAGUGGGAGAGAACCUGCUGACCUGAUUUCUGUCCGUGUCCCUGAGCUCAGUGCAGCAGGAACAACAGCGGCGUUCAGACAGAUAUCAGUGUCUGUCCCCGGGGAGAAGACAGGAGUAUAUUUAUACAGUCGAGUCAUGAGAACUUCCUCUCUUUCCUCCAGUAUUAAUAGACACAGAAUACCUGACUUAGCUUUUCCAAACCUUCCUCUUCCUCCUCCUCAAAUCCUAUUUCUGUCUGUUUUCCCUUUACUCCUUUCUUUUUUCACUCCUUGUUUUUGUCCCCCCCCCCCCCCCCCCGUCACAAACCACCAGCCCUCUCCCCAGCCUAUGUCCUGUUCUCACUAUCUUUCUAUUUUCUGCCCGGCCUGCCUCCCUCUUCCUCUGUUACUAUCACCCUUCCUCACCCUCUGUGUUUCCCAUGGCAACAUCUUUUUAUGGCAGCGGUGGCCUGGUUCGAGUUUAGGAUUCCCAUGAUUGUUAAAACAGUUUUCACUCACGGGGGCACGAACAUGUGUACUCGGACUCGGCAGUACUGUCACUGCCACCCACAAUGUGGGUGUGUCAGCUGCAUGUUUGGUUGGUUUUUCCCAUGAAACAUUGCCUAUACACACACACUUAUGUGUAUGUGUAUAUAUGACUGGCUUUUACAAAGUGGCUGCUCUCCAAGUGUGAAGGUUGGAGUUGAUGUUUUAUAAAGUGAAAUUUUGCCUGAAACAUCCCCUGAAAACAGUUAAAUUUUCACCCGUGUCUCUUUUGUUUGUCUCUGCAGGGUGGCAUGUAUGUUUUCCAGCUGUUUGAUUACUAUGCAGCUAGCGGUGUGUGCCUUCUGUGGGUGGCAUUCUUUGAAUGUAUAGCUGUUGCCUGGGUUUAUGGUGAGUACUAUCCUUGAAAAGCAUUUGGUUGGAUUUAAUGCAUAAAUGCUCAUUUUUUAAGUAUACAGCCAAAGCAGAUUCAGUCCCUCCUCUGUCUUUGUGCCUUGUAUUGUUAAUAACCUCUGAGUUUAAAAAGUGACACAUAAAUAGUCCUCUUGCUUCAGUAGCUGCUGUAACUUGUGGUGCACUCUGUUGCAUUUCUCUAACGAAGAAUAAUUGUCGAAAUUUGUCUGUUUUUCCAGGCGUUGAUAAUUUCUAUGAUGCUCUUGAGGACAUGAUGGGCUACAGACCAAAUCCUUGGAUGAAAUGGAGCUGGACUGUUAUCACUCCUUUACUGUGCAUGGUAGGACACACACCAGCUCAGUGUGUUUGACGUGUUUUUGACGAAGAUAGACCUGCUUCCUCAAACUUCAGCUCAUUUAGUCCUGCCCAUAACCAGAUGAAACUAGCUGAGUGUCUCUGUCCUCCUCCUCCACAGGGCUGCUUUAUCUUCUCCUUGGUCAAAUACAAGCCAUUGACGUACAACAAGAUCUACGAGUAUCCUGACUGGGCCAUCGGAAUAGGUUGGACUCUGGCCUUGGCCUCCAUGAUCUGCAUCCCCAUGGUGGUCGUCAUCAAGAUCAUCCGAUCUGAUGGGCCGCUCAUUGAGGUGGGUUUCAGCGCUACUUUGAAGUUACCGGUGCAGAGUGAAGGGAGUCACGACUUGUCAAAUACAGGUUUCUGUUCAGAAGUCCAGUGUUUCCAAAAAUGAAUAUCCAAGUCAUGUUUUAGUUCAUUUCUGCAUGGGCGAGGCUCCAUAGCAAUGUUAGCUAGGUACCUUUUUUUUUCAGAAUCUUCACAUUCAUGAAUUUCGGAUUUAACAAAAAUGAUCACAUGGUUAAGGUUCUGGAAAUAACAGCUGUUUUUAUGGUUUUGGUAUUUUUGUUUAAAUAACAUUUCCACAUUUGCACAACCAAUAGUAAACCAUUCAACUAGUGAGUGCACUCAACGUAACUGAUGUACUAUGUAUUUAUACUUAUCUAUGUUCACAUGAACUGAAACCACAACAUCCAGUGUAUCAAGAUAUAGAAGAUGCAGAAGUGCCAAAAAAUGCAACACUUUAAAUGACCACUAGAAGCUGGCCCUAAAAGCAGAGGGAUCCCCAUUGACUCCCAUUCAAAAAAAUUCAGCUUCAGUUUUUCUUUCUGAUAAAAGUGAUCAAAAAAAAAGUUAACUUCCUAAAAGACACCUCAUGGUUUAACCUGGGAAUCACCCUGUAAGUUAUUGUCUAUGAGAAGUUGGGACUCUGACCCAGCUGCUGAUUACUAGCUAAAUUUGAGACCAAUUAAACUUUCCUUUCUUUUCUGCAGAGGAUCAAGGCGGUAGCAGCUCCGGUUCGCGGUGGGGCCAGCUCCCGUCCCGCAGGACAUCGCGGCCUUAAGGAGCUGUCCGUCCCACUGGACCCCAACGGGAACAAGGGUCUGCUGAUGAAGGCGCCCACCCACACCAUCGUAGAAACCAUGAUGUAAAGGAGUGAAGCGGAGGCACUCCAUGAGAUCGCUCUCCUCUCCUCUCCUGUCCUCUGAAAUGCUUCUAAAGCUAGCUAGCUUUCUGUCUCUCUGUCUGUCUGGUGGACUGAAAAGGGUUUUAAGGAAAAAAGUUCCCGUUCAAAUCUUAAAGGAAUUUUUUGGAAGUAGUUUGCUCUUGGUGGUUUUCUUGUAAGGGUAGCAAUCACAUUUCAAAUCUGUUUCUGGAUUACUCACAAGCUGUUUUGCUUUUCUUUUGUCUUCGUAGUCAGCUUGUGACUACACAUCCCACCCUUGUCAGGUUAAAAGACAAAUGAGCUUCAGUCACUGGUCUGGUAGAUCUCUGCCAGUUCAACCAGAUAAUUAACCGUUAAACCAGCUGCUGUAUUAGAAAAAGGAAGAGUUAAUUAUUGACCCCUGGAUUUAGAAAGCCUUUUGUAGCCACAGCAUGAAAAGGUUUUCUCGAGAGAUCACCCAGAGCAGUCUUUCUUUGGCUGUUCUGGAAAAUGAAUCAGCUCUUUAGACAGAGUGUCCAAACUUUAGGGGACAGACCGCUGACUUCCAGUCAACUGAAUCUGUUGAUCUAUGCUCAACAGAAAGGUGAAUUCAGACCAAAGCAAAGCCAAUAUUUUCUGUCUCUUUCCCAGAUAAUUUGACCACAGGAUUAGAAGCACUAAUAAAUAAAGAAAUUGAAAAAUAAACCCUCAUCCCUAUAGUACAAGCAGGAUUAAAUGGCUAAAAAUGCUGCCAAACUAACUUCAUAAGGACGCAGAUUGGUGAAAAGCAUACAUGCAUGUUUUGCUCAGUCUGCCUGCAAGCUGACAAGCUAAGAAAUCUUAGCUUAUUUUUAAUGAAAACAGGCUUACCACUGAUGUCAUGGUCAACAUAAGGAAAAUCUAACCCUGGAGAGGGUUUAGGGACAGUUUAAUGGAAAGUUUCUCAUUUUUGGACCCAAUUUUGUUUUGCUGUUGGUUUGAAUGUACCCUCAGAUAUAUAGAGCUGUGUGUCAUCAGCAAAAAGGAAUUCUGAAAGUAAGAACGUCAUGUUUUUUAGCUGCACUGGGUGAUAUUUUCGAACCAUCUUUAUAAAAUGUGACUAGUGGGGUAAAUUACUCUUAAGCCAACAAUAUAUAUGUCCAGUUCAUUUUACUUAUCAACCAGCAAGUCUUGACAAAUUAACCAAAGCAGAUUGGUUUUUCUCGGUCGCCUUCCUCCCCUCAUUGGUUAUUUAACAGACAGAAUGGUAAACCGGCUAAAAACAUGAGCUAUGUCAGCCAAAGACCCUUACCAAACCAGAAUCAUGGAACUGAAAACGCACCUUAGCUCGAGUAUCCCCACCUUCCAUAGCUGUAGACUAUGGGUGAAAGAGAAAACUAGGACUGAGUCUGUGUCGGGGUGCCCAGUCCGGCACAGAGGUAUCUAAAAGGAUUUGAACUGUAGAGGUUGAACCCUUGAGUGUGUUGUCUGUGGCGUACUGUACAGUAGUAGCUAGUCAGUCUAUCUAUAUCUAUCUCUAUCUCUAUCUAUCUUUCUCUGUCCUAGACCAGUUUACAGUACAUUAGUAACUGCACUAGGCACUCUUACAGGCUUACAUUUUUGGAUUGGAUUUGUUUUAUUUUCUACAGAGGAAGUUACAUUAUUACUAGUUUUUCCUCUGUCAAUGUUUAGAUUUUUUUAUUAAGACUAUAAUGUUAUUGGUAUUCACUAUUGGUGAUAAUUGCUGUAGUUUUACAUAGAAGAAGGAACACUUCUUUCAUCUAGUGAAAAUACUAAGCUAUUAUACAAAUCAUACUUUUACAGAGGCAGCCAUUGUAGUGAAAGACCUCAUCACGCAUUCACCCUGUAUUCACCCUGACUUUAACCGGGAAACAAACAAUGCAACUGAUUUCUCUCAAAGACUUUGUCACGUAGGGGUGUGGGUCCAACAUCCAAGGAGCCUCUUCGAUGUACAGUCCAAAAUAGGAUCUCUACAAUGGCAUCCUCUGUAAGUUUGUAGGUGUUGGGGGUUUAUAGCUUUUUCUCUUUUGUAAAUACCAGGGGGAAGUAUUUAAUUUGGAUAAACUCAGCCAGACAGGGCACUUUCAGUGGUUAAACAACACGAUACCAACUCAUCGAGUCAAAGAGACCAUUAGCCGGGCAGCACUCCCAACAAAGUGUCAGACUGUCCACUUGUCUGAGUGUCGAGCUGCUCCCCCGUCACUGUGAAAUGUGGCAGCUGGCUGCAGACAAACCAGAGCCAAUGAACAACAGAGUUUGAUUGUUUUGUCCUUUUUUUCACCAACAGUUUUGAUGUAAACCCUCUGAAGUGAGCGUGAAAAAGUUUCUCAAUGCACUAGCAACUUUUAUUUCUCCUUUACUGGUUUCAUAUACUCGAAUGUCCCACACUUGGGUGCUCAAAACUGAUGACUCUUUAUGAAUUGGUCUUUGCCCAGAGGGUUCCAUUAAAGACGAUUAUUGGUAAAUCAUAAAAAGUUGUAAGAGUGACUUUUUUCCUGGCAUGAUGUUGGAACAGGUAUGGUUUGUUUUUUGACCAUUAUUGUAACGACCCCAGUCCGAACUCUGUUGCUCAUUGGCUCUUUGAGAAAAUCCACCCUAUGACACAUGAUCAGCCUCUGUAUCUUCACCUCUGACGGACUUUUCCAAACUAAGCAUGAAAACAAACUUCAUCUUGUUGCUUAUGUCAAUAGAGGACCACAAUACUGACCACGCGAACCGUUGACAUCAGAGUGAAACAAACUAUCUGAGAAGUAUGUUAAAGACGACCGUUACCUUCAUUUGAAUAUGUCUGUGUAACAAGGGGUUUCCCACGUGUAUGUGUCACCAGCGACCAUCCACUCAGGACCUUCUCUGUAGUGCUUUUAUCUACUGUAAAGCUGCAUUAACCCAGCGUCCAAAAAAUUAGACUCGUAACUGUGGGUGACGAAGAGCUGACGAUAAACGGUAGCAAUCCAAUCUAAUGAUUCUGUGCAGCUCGAGAAGCCACUAGAUCAGCUCUUUGUCACGCUGAAUGGAAAAUCACACACCUUAACUGCCUGAUUUCUCCUCAGUCAGAGUCAAAGUGAGUUUUUAUUGCACCUUCUUUGUAUAAUUUGGACUUCAUAUCAAAUGAUGAGGCCAAAAAGAAUCAAGUAACACUGCCAUCUUUUUAUUCAGGGUCCGCCUCUAACGGCCUCUAUGGUGAAAAAAGAAAUGACUGAAUGUGGUUUGAGCUUUUGGUGCAGACAUAUUGAAAUAGAUCAAAUCCUCAGUUAACACCAACCCACAUCAGAUAAACACACAACACACACAUUUCAGGAAACAACCACCAACAUCACAGCAAAGAUAUCCUGAUAGCAGGGCCUUGUUUUGUGUGUCGUGUACGUCUGUUUAUUUCUUCAUGUAUAAUAAACUAGUUCAUAUCACGAAAAGGGAUUUGUGAAACCAAAUCCACAGCAGACAUCUAUUUUCAUACAGUAACAAACUUUUCCUAUAGACCCUGUCUUUGUACAGUUAGGCUCCCAUUGCAGACUUCCCAUUUUAAUACAAAUACUAAGCUUCCUUUUAAUCCUCCACUUUUGUACAGAUCUGGUUUUUGAGUCUCCUGCAUGGUGGAUCUCUGCGCCGAGGCCUGAACACCAAACCAUAUCACUUCAGACAGUAAAGAUCUGUCAGAUAGAAAAUUACCUUUUUGGCUGAUUCAGCAACUCGGGUUUUCACAUUUUGUCCGCCGAUAAAAGCUGCAGAGAAAUGCUGAAAACCGUUGACUUUUGAGGGGGAUUGACAAAUGAUGCUGGCCAAGAGUCUAAAGAGUAAAAUUCUGAACACAAAAGGGUUUAGUCUAGUUUUUCCUGACAGAAAUCUUUCCCUGGUGCAGAGAUCCUCGGUUUUUCUGCAGAAGCAUGGACCAGAAAUAAAAAUAAUAAUGAUAAUAAUAAUAAUGCAGUCAUUUAUGGGAUUAUUCUGCCUCCCUCUCUCUCUCUGUGUUCCCACUAUGUCCACCUUUUUACACUCCCCGUCAGUUAACCUUUGUUGCCUUCCUGUUAACCCCAGCUGACCUGCUUUUCUCAAAGGAAAUGAAUUUGCAAGAGAAUCGAAGCAUUAGUGAUGCACAAGUUUUUACCGCCGAAUGUUGAAAUGUGAACGUCACCUUCACGGGUGAAUGUAAAAGUUUCUGAAGAUUUAUUUUUUAGGAUGAUUUCUUCUUUUUAUUUCCAUUGCUCUGGUUUUUAUUAAGUUCAUCAGUUUUUUGUCUUUUUUUGUUUUUGAUGGUUUGUCUGUCACAUUGCCUUUUGUAUUCCAAAUAUGAUGUUUUUGAACCUCUGUCAUUGGAGUAACAUGUACAAUUAUCAAUCAGAAAAGCAAACAAAAAGCGACAAUUUGUUACGUGCAAUACUUUGUAGAAAACGUUUAUUUUCAUGCUGUUUUUUCAAAAAGUCGUUCUCGCCUGUGAAGGAAGACGACAGCCUGUGAAAUCUUGGAGAAAAAAAUCUGAAUCUUCAGGGUCCACUUUGAUAAAAAGCUGCCACAAAAUGGGACGAAAACCAAACUGGACCACUUUUCCAUCAGAGAUCUUGUGGUUUGAAUGCACUGAGAAUCAAUGAUUUGUAAACUUUGUCACAUUAAACUUAACUUCUUUGUGAAAUGCCGUAUUUUUUUUUUUUUUUGUGACAGACUUCUGAGUUCGUGGAGGAGUGAGAGACAGUAACACUGCCAGUAAGCCCACCAUCUUUUCAACGUUAUAGCGCUGCUGGUUGCUGAGAAUCAGGCAGCUCUCCCUAAGCAAGUCACCAAAGGUUCAAACAAAAAUACACGGGAGACGUGUGCAAAUAUUAGGACGUGUAAUUUCCUCGUAAAUGGAACAAAAAUCGUGGAGUAAUUUCUGCUGCUUCUGGGAAUCCUGCUCCUCAGCAACAAAAGCAACAAAUCCAAUAAAAAGCAGAUGAAACCAUAUCAAAUGUGGGCUUUACUUUCAAACCUUUUAUGCAAUUUUUACAUCCUGCUUUUUUGAAUUUCAACUUGACUCCACCAAACCCUGAAACCUUUGUGCUUUAUCCCAAAAAAUAGAAAAUAGGAAUCAAACUCCAUCCACACGAGAGCAGAUAGCCUGAUUUUAAAUCUCAUGUUGCCUAUGUCCUGGUCAUACCCGGUCUAAAAACACUGACAUAUCUGCAGGAGUCCGAAUCUGAUGGUCUGUUUCUGUUAAAGAUGUAAGAGAGUCUGCAGAUGUGGGUUUGGACGAAACCUCAUGACUUAAGUGAUAGAGGAAGACAGACGGGGCUCCAUUACCAGGCCGUAAAUAAAACACACCUGAUAAAAUGACCUGAUCUCUGCAGUAAGGCCUCCGGGAAAUGGAGUCCCGCUCUCCCUGCUUCAUUCUGAUCAUGGUCUCCAAUGACAAUGCCUCUGUCUUUCCUGCAUUAUACUGUAUACCAGCCCUUCCUUUUUUGAGAAUGUACAUGGGAAAAUGUUUUUUUAAUUCUUGGUGAAGAGAAAAAACAUUUUUAAAAAAGAAUUUGAAAGCUUUUAAUUUUUUAUUUCUAUUGCCAACCUGUAAGCUAGAAAAAAGAGAAAAAAAUAUGUGUUUGAACAGGUUUUACACAGUGUAAAACUUUUUUUAUUUCUUAAUAAAAAAUUUGUCUUCACAAAA